AUUGUGCAGCUCACUGGCCAUAGCCAUCAAGAUCUUUGGUGUCUACACCCAUGCUCAGAUUGGGCGCGUCUCUUUUUGGGAUUCCAUGGGCCGGGAACUGGGAAAGAAAGGGAAAGAGUACAGGGAGAGAUGUGCGUUCCGCAAAGCGCCUCAUAAUCCCGGCGACUACGUUUUCUCGCCCGGUAUCUUUCCUGCGCCGGAGGAGUCGCGUGCGCUGCCUUCAGGAAAUGUCCCCGAUCUUCCGCCGGAUGAUUUGGAAAAUAUACAGGCGCUGUUGAUCAAAUCCGUGUCUUUCUCCAAAGCGAUGCUCAAGGCCAUCAUUGCCGACCUGGAUAUCGCGUUUGUGCUGCAAGUCUCACCGACUGAGAAGGCCAUCAUCGAGCAUCCUGAUUCCUGUUACGUGAUCGGUCGAAGUGGCACUGGAAAAACGACCACAAUGCUAUACAAGAUGCUACUCAUCGAGGCAGACUACGAACUCGCGAAGGGAACAGAGCAUGAAGUCAGAAAACGUCGGCAGCUCUUCGUUACGCAGUCGCGUGUCCUUGCUGGGAAAGUGGAGGAACACUUCGGCAGACUGUUUGCAGGGUAUCGACCAAUGAAAGUUGCACAGCCCGCCCAAGACCAGGAUGGGAAUGGCCAGGAGGCACUACUCGACGCCGACGAUGUAGUCGAUUGGAGGAGCGAUCUCCCACAGCGAUACAGCGAGCUUCGAGACGAGCAUUUCCCACUGUUCCUGACCUUUGACCGACUCUGUGAUCUCCUUGAGGGGGAUUACGAGAGUGGCUUUUCCUCAGCACGUAAAGUCACAUACGAUCGAUUCAUUCAGUCGUACUGGCCGCAUUUCCCUCAAACACUGACCAAGGCGCUGGAUCCAGCGAUGGUGUUCAGCGAGUUCAUAGGUGUCAUCAUGGGAUCGGAGGACACAUUGGACUCAAGGAACGUUGCCACGUAUCUAGACAGGAAGACGUAUCUAGGGCUCAGCGAGCGCACACAGUCCACAUUCGCUACUCAGCGCGCGGAGGUUUAUGGGCUGUUUGAAGCGUACUUGGCUCGCAAACGGGCUCUACAGGAUCAUGAUGCUGCUGAUCGGACGCAUGCGCUUUUGAGACAUCUUCAGACACAUCGUCAGAAACAAGGAGUUCCCGAGCUGAUCAAGCUGGACUAUCUAUAUGUCGACGAAACUCAGGACAACUUGCUCAUCGACUCUCUAUUGCUACGAUCCAUCUGCCACAAUCCGAAUGGUCUGUUCUGGGCUGGGGACACAGCUCAGACAAUUUCCGUUGGGAGCUCGUUUCGAUUCGAUGACCUCAAAGCCUUCUUGUAUCGUGUUGAGGAGAAACACACACUCUCACACAAGGGUUCUGCGGCACACGUCUAUCAAGCUCGGCCUCCCAAGUCAUUCCAGCUGACUGUUAACUAUCGCUCGCACGCGGGGAUCGUCAACUGCGCGAAUACUGUCAUCUCGCUGUUGACAUCGCUAUGGCCGUACUCCAUCGAUGUCCUGGACAGAGAGCGAGGGACGGUGAACGGCUCGCGGCCUGUGUUUUUCACUGGAUUUGAUUCAGGGAAUGUGGAAUACGAGCAGUUUCUGUUCGGAGAUCGGGAUGGAAGCUAUAUCGAGUUCGGUGCCCACCAGUGCAUUCUUGUCCGAAAUGAUGCCGCCCGAGAUAAGCUGAGGGAGCAGGUCGGCGAUAUUGGACUGAUCAUGACUUUGUAUGAAAGCAAAGGUCUCGAAUUCAACGAUGUACUGUUGUACAACUUCUUUGAAGACUCCACCGUGGCCGGAGCCCAAUGGCGCGUGGUGCUGAACGAAGUGGAUGAUCCGAAGCAGCGGCUUACUGUGCCCACUUUUGACCCUAUGCGACACGCGAGCGUGUGCAUGGAGCUCAAGUUUCUGUAUGUCGCGAUUACCCGAGCGAGGAACAACCUCUGGAUUGCCGAUGCCACUUCGAAAGGAGAGCCCAUGCGGAUCCUAUGGACAAGCAGAGACCAAAUCCAAAACUGUACACCUGGGUCCGACACACCGAAAUUGGCGUCAAACUCGACCGAUGUUGAAUGGAGACAGCAGGGCCGGAAACUGUUUGCGAACAAGAACUACUAUCAGGCCAAGCAAUGUUUCGAACGUGGAAUGGAGCCGAGGUUGGCAGCGAUGGCUGAGGCUUACUACCUGCGGCAAGAGGCCCGCAAGGUCCCCGACACCAACAAACGCCGAGACAUGGACACACGCAAGAUUGCGUUCAUCAAAGCCGCUGAAGCGUUCCUUCGGUGUGCUCGAGUCGAGCCGGACCCCAGCGCCCAGGCUUACUUGCGUAUUGCAGCGGAAUGCUAUGAGCUUGCGGGGGACGAGUUGACUGCGGCGCUGAUUUAUCGGGAUGCGCGGGAGUUCACGCGCUCGACUGAGCUGUAUCGGAAGCUGGCCAAAUUCGAUGAGGCGGUGGACAAUAUCUUGAAACACGGGGAUGCGAUCAAGCCUGAGGUGGUGGAGAAGGUGACAAAUGUCGCGAGACUGUUCUAUUUCAAUGGACACCAACUGGAGAAAGCGAGUCGACUGUUCUCUUCCACUGACGAGGCACUGGAGUAUCUGGAUGACCGAGGGCUCGAUAUGCCUCGCGCACAACUGCUGGAGUCGCUGGGCCAAUAUACUGCCGCUGCAGAGAUCCACCUGGAAGAGGGCCGGACGCUGGAUGCCAUCAAGCUCUUCCUUCGAGAGGAUGUUCGCCGGGGCACAGAGUGCAUCUUGCGUGGACUUUGGCAACACGUGACGUUUGGAGUCGUCCCGGUAGUGAGUGGUGAGUUGGAGCAGCUGCUGAGACUGGCAGAAAAGGCGGAUUUGUCCAUGUUGUCCGAGAAUGACAGGCAGGAGCUUUCGAUGUUCUGUUGUAUCUUCGCCGAAAAGACUGCCGAGAUCGCUCGACUCGGAGAGCAAUUCGAAGAGAAACGGGAUGUUGCUGCCGCGCUGCUUUGCUUGGACAACUAUUUCCGCUCACCGCCCAAGAUACAAGUGCUCAGCGCUCGAGACGUGUCUGAGCAGCUGCGCUUGUUUGGCUGCUACAUGCGUGUUCUCAAUUGGGUGACCUGGACCGAUCCGUGUUCAUAUCCAGAGAUCGGCAAGUUGUUUGGGUUCACGCGUGCUGGAGAAAACAGCUUCGUUCUGCGUGCGAGCACUUGGCUGAACCCGCACCCUACCGAUGAUUCCAUGGUCAACAGCGCGGAGUUGCGGAUGUUAUUCCAGAACAAGAUCAAGCCGCGACUUCAGGGUUGUUUCGUCACCGAAAACGAGGUCUGUAUGAGGAGGACACGGGCGUUUUCUCCGUGUUUGUUGUAUGCGCUGUUCGAUGGGACGUGCAACCGCGUAGACUGUCCGAACGAGCACCUUGCUAGGUCUCAGAUUGACGAGGAACAGUAUAUGUAUCGGGUGCGGAUCUGUAUGCAGCAGAUUGUGAUCGUGGGGACGGUGCAGUUCGCAGUGAACGACUCGUCGAUCAAGCGCCACUGGAUCCAGCAGCUCUACUCUACACUGUAUCCCUCCGACUAUCGGCUCGGCUCAGUCUCGCGCCUUGAUCUGACCCAGAUUCCGGAAUCUGAACAAGCGCUGCAGACGGUGAAGGAAUGGAUUCGAGCCUGGGUAUACGAACUGUCGUUCAAACCCGGGGCUAGAUUCCUUUCGGACUUGGCAAUGGUGGCUCGGAUGGCUUUCCAGCUCGAUCCCGGGGGCGCAAUGACGUAUCUGACGAUGAGCCCAGUGAUGCAGCUGCAGCCGGACAUGUACAAGCGCCGCAGUGGACGGGACGAAAACUAUGUGGUCGGGGAGUUUUUCGCGCACUGUGAAGGGCGGGAGAAAAGUUGUAUUCCCAUGGGGAUCAUGUUCGUCCGUCAUAUCUUGACGAACGAGCUCCCGAUCCAGAUUAGCGUGCUUUGCGACUUGCUCGAGUACUUGUGCACGCGCAUCGUCGUCGCCGACCGGAUGGCUCGUGGUUCCCCGCAUAACCUCACCCUGCCACUCAGUUGGCUGUCGAAUUGGCGGAGCGUUGUCGGAGAGGGAAAACGUGUGAUCAGUGCUUUCGACCUGUUCACGCAGAGCCUAGUCACGCUGCUGACUUGCCUUUACUACGGCGAGCGUGCGGAACAUCUCUUGUACGAGAAUCGGCAUCUUGGGAUGUUGGGCUGGAGGCAUCGGGAUGUGUUUCUCUCUCGGAUCUGUCGCUGCUACAGUCUGCUCGCGUAUAACAUACCUGAUGAAGGCUCCGGUAUGAUGCGAGUAGGAGGAUCUCACAUCUGCGACGCUCGGAUCCCACCUACAGGAAGAUGACAAUGUCGCAUGGGUAUCUGAUCGCUGAGAACUGGCGGGCUACGGUGAAAGCGCUCCGCCGCUCGACGGCUGAUUCGCCUCUAGACGAGCUGGUCCUGCUGUACAGUGCUGACUCUCCACCGCCUCGACCGAUUCGCAACGUUCGUCCGAUUGUUUUCCAGACUAUCGAUGACAUUCCUCGACUUCUCGGUUCCCGAGAAGUUCGCGUUGAGGCCAAGCCGGACACCACCGCCAUCGAGGUUUUCAUUCCAGAGGAGGAUGAAGAAGAGGAGGAGCUGAUCGAAGGAGACUCUGUGUUGCUGCCUGAGAGCAGUGCUGCUGCAGCUGUCUCUGAGGAGGUGGUGAUUCCCACAAUCGAAGCCGUGCAGAGGACGGAGGAGGAGAUCCACAAGGCUGUCGUGAUUCAGCGGGCGUUCCGACAGAUGUUAGCCAGAAAGCAAGCUGUCGCAAAGCAGGCGACGCUGGCUGCUGGCUGCUCGGCCUGGUUCAAGGCGUGUCUCAAAGCAGCGCCCGCGGACAAGGUCAAAUAUCGGGUGCGCUUCCUCGGGCCGCUGCCGCAUCUGCUCCUUUGCCUGGAGGAUGCAUCGGCGACUAUACAGGAACAGAAGAACCGGGUCAAGAAGGGGCUGAAGGAUGCAAGGCAUGAGCGCUUGGAGGAACUGGAUGGGCAUUUGACGAGGAUUACACAAGCGUUGAAGCGGAUCAAGCGCACACAGAAGCAGCUGUCACCGACGUCACCGAUGCACGACGGGCAGGACGUUGGGCAGCUCAAGAAAGCCGUGAAUGAGGCGGUCGAGCUCGUGCGUGAGUUGGCUGAAACAUGGACGUUGUCGGAGGGUGUGAUGGAUGUGCAUUUGGAGAGAGCGUAUAAGGGGAUUGUGCAGCCGAGAAUUGUGAAGCCAAAGAAGAAACCAGAGUUGAAUCUGGACGAGGAAGAUCUAUCUCUGUAUCUCUGGUAAUCUUGUACACAAAAGCAGGUUUUCGUAUCUUGACUGAGAUGCAGGAUCGGAAUGCGUCUGGUCCAAACGACGGUGACAGCCAUACUCUGGGAGAUGGAAUCGAAAUGGGUGACAAAAAGAGAGCCGAGUGAAGUAAGACGAACUUUGCCGGGUAUCUAAUAAGAUCAAGAGACGAGUGACCAAGCUUUUGCUGUCUCCAGGCCCGCAUUGGAUGUGCCAUUGAUUCCAGUAGCACUGAUCGUGAAGUCAAUUGUCCGUCGUGAAGUCAGUCGCCCACAACUCUAGAUGGGGCAAGGACUCAUUAGUGGCACGGCACAGCAGACCAAUGGGGAAUAUAUUGGUCCGUUUCCUGCCUCCCACUGACUCCUGGAAACAAACUAGCACCUUCGAUGGCUUGGAAGACUCAGGUAUGACUUCAGCAUAUCUGCCGAUAUCUGCGUCUUGCUUGCCGCAGUCGAAUCCGAUCACAAUCACCCGACCUCGGACAGUGCUGAUGCACUGAUCAUCGGGCACUGUCCUCACUGGCUCCAGACAUUCAGCUGGCACAUAAGCGUUAUCGUAGCCGCCCAGCUGGAUCAGCACAAAUUUCUGCAUGAAUUGGCGUCGAUUCCAGGGCAUGCUUUGAGAGGGGACUACAAGCCCUGUCUUGCCAGCGUGUUGGAAUGUCUUCUUCUUGAAAGCAUUAAGAUAGCGGCUGUUUUUGCCCUUCAUUCGCUCCUUUUCCUUGUCUCUGGCAUUCUCGAUCUCUGCCACUGAUUUCACUCUAACGUCGAUGCGCUUGCCCAUCAAGUCUGGAUGCGCAAGCCACAUAUCAUCAUGCUCAAAAACGUCUUACAGUUGAAUCAGAGAUCUCUCUGGAUUUUGCUCUUGACAGACCCACCUGUUGGCUUAUCAGACAACGAUGAUCCCUUGGGCGUCUCAUAGUUUCCUUCCACGCUCUCAUCUGGGGGCGGAAUUACCUCUCGAUGUGGAUUUCUGAUGCGGUGGAGCAGGUCGUCGUAGAACGUGUCCGGUUGUGAGUCCUGUACAGUUCUGCGACGAGGAUCAGCGAAGCAAGCCGCAUGCACGAAGAACAUACUGAAUCUCGACCACCUGGUCCAAUUCCACGUAAGCCUUGGCGCCAACGUCCAGAUUUAAAGUGAGCUCGACGACACGCUCCCGCGCAGAUUCCUGCCCGACAGUAGGCUUCUUGGGUUGAUCAAUGUGCCGAUAGCCAACGACAAGUCCAAUAUGCCCCUCAUGGGCAUGUUUGCCAGUGAUCAUGAAGCGCCGGCCCGUGAAACCGAACCUAGAUUCCAUGAGGUGUCGUUAGAGCUUUGCUUGUUGGUAUCCGGUCGUGUCGGGUACAAGCAGCGCAAUGGCCCAAGAGGGAUAACAGAAGAGAGAUAGCAGCCCACGCAUAGAUGUGACGCCAAUGGUCACAUCACUCCUCAAUGGAGGACUUCAACCACCACAUCGCCAUAAAGCUGUCCAGGGCACUCAACACAAUCAACCCGAACGAUUUAUUGGCUCGUAGUGUCACUGAGAUAGCCAAGUCCAAUUCGGUGGAGGACUUCAUCAAAGCGGCGCGAGCUUUCGGCAAGUUUCAGGACCAUUUCUUAGCUGAGAUCCAUGUCGAGAUCUUGUCGCAUGAAAAGCAGGAAGCGACCGGCCUCGUACCGCGACCAGUGGAGGGGAUUACGGUACAUGACUCUGAGGUGCUGGAACCCGCGCCGGCACGGCCUGGCGGGCUCAUGCGGCCAGAUCAGCGACACACUUUCCGCCAACCUGCCAAACCACUGGAGCCGCCCACCCCCCGUGCUUCCGUCCUCGGUCUCGACCGACUCGCGCAAGAGAAGAGAGCAGCCGCAGCAGCUGAGGAGGGGAGCAGGAAACGGCCUCGAUUGGAUGACUCCGAGCCUGUUUUCAAGGUGCCGAGCCUGCCCGUAUCACGAUCCAGCAACCAGCGACAUCGAGGCGAAGAAACUCCCUCCCAUCCCGGUGGUCUGUCAGAGGUCGCGCGGAAAAGGUUGGAGGAGCACAGACGGAGUCGAGAAAAGCAACGAGAGGGUAUCUCCGCUGCAAACGAACGUCGGGAGGACGAGCCAAAGGGUCUAGGCGACUUCCAACGGCGGUCUAACCGUGACCGCGACCGAGGCUGGAGCCAACGAGGUGAUAGGAACAAUGGCCGCAGCUGGGAUAGCACGCCGCGUUCUGUUAGAGGUGGGAAUGGAGAUGCUCCGAGUGUGCGAGUGCCCAACGUUGGGUGGGACUCGACCCCCCGCAGAGCCGGGGAUUCAGAACCCGGUCGAGGAACUGCCAACCGCCGUUGGGACGCCCCCACUCCCAGGAACGUCCGCGCCGGCAGUCCAGAGUCUGCUAUCGGUCUCGAUGCUCGGGAGUGGGAGGAAGAACAAAUUCGUUUAGAUCGUGAUUGGUAUUCCGGCGCCGAGGAGGGUGGGAUUGCUGGUGACGAAGAGCAUAAUCCAUUGGCUCAAUAUGAGGAUUUGAGUGCCCUCAAAACGGCAGAAAUUGCGCAGAAACAAGUGAAAAAAAUCUCUGCCAAACAAGCUCAAUAUAAUGCCGACAACGACCUGUGGGAGUCUAACCGAAUGGUGACAUCCGGAAUAGCCACUCGCAAAGGUGUGGACAUGGACUUUGAGGACGAGUCUGAGUCCACAGUGCAUGUGCUCGUUCAUGAUCUGAAACCUCCUUUCCUUGAUGGGCGGACUGUGUUCACGAAGCAACUCGCUCCCAUCAAUCCCAUCCGAGAUCCCACGAGCGAUAUGGCCGUGUUCUCCCGCAAGGGAAGUGCGUUGGUGAAAGAGAAGCGGGAGCAAGCGGAACGAGCUAAGGCUGCAGCAAAGCUCGCCGCGCUCGGAGGAACAGCGCUGGGCAAUAUCAUGGGGGUGAAAGACGAGGAAGCUGACGCCCAAGCUGAAGAAGAGCGGAAAGAAAAGGAGCGCAAGGCAACCGGGCAGACGGAUGACUACAAGGGCGACUCCAAGUUUGCCUCGCAUCUCAAGGCAUCGACGGGUGUCAGCAGUUUCGCGAAGAGCAGGACACUCAAACAGCAGCGCGAGUACCUGCCGGCGUUCGCCAGCCGGGAAGAGCUGCUCAAAGUUAUUCGGGAGAACCAAGUGAUUGUGGUCAUCGGGGAAACGGGGUCUGGAAAGACUACGCAGCUGGCUCAGUUCUUGUACGAGGAUGGGUACUGUCAGCACGGUCUCGUGGGAUGCACACAGCCUCGGCGUGUGGCUGCCAUGUCUGUCGCCAAGCGAGUCAGCGAGGAGAUGGAGUGCAAGCUGGGCUCGACUGUCGGCUAUGCGAUCCGGUUCGAAGACUGCACGUCCGCGGAAACCAAGAUCAAGUACAUGACCGACGGUGUACUCUUGCGUGAAUCUCUGAACGAGGGCGAUCUGGAUCGGUACACCGUCAUUAUCCUGGACGAAGCGCACGAGCGUUCACUCAACACCGAUGUCCUGAUGGGGCUGCUCAAGAAGAUUUUGUCUCGACGUCGAGAUCUCAAGCUCAUCGUGACUUCAGCAACGAUGAACGCAGACAAGUUUUCGUCGUUCUACGGCAACGCGCCUACUUACACGAUUCCCGGACGAGCCUUCCCUGUCGAGACCUUCCACUCGAAAUCUCCGUGUGAAGACUAUGUCGACAGUGCUGUGAAGCAGGUGCUUCAAAUUCAUUUGUCGCUUCCAGCCGGGGAUGUUCUAGUUUUCAUGACAGGACAAGAAGACAUUGAGGUUACUUGUCAGGUCAUCAACGAGCGAGUGGCUCAGUUGAACGAGCCGGCGCCGAUUGCGGUGCUGCCAAUCUACUCGCAGAUGCCGGCGGAUCUGCAGGCCAAGAUCUUCGACGCGACGAGCGAUGGGCGGCGCAAAGUGAUUGUGGCUACCAACAUCGCCGAGACGUCAUUGACAGUCGACGGUAUCUUGUAUGUCGUCGACGCGGGGUACUCGAAGCUCAAGGUGUACAAUCCCAAAGUGGGAAUGGACGCGCUCCAGAUCACGCCGAUCAGCCAGGCCAAUGCGACACAGCGGACGGGGCGAGCGGGGAGAACCGGCAGCGGAUUUUGCUAUCGGCUGUAUACGGAGAUGGCCUUCCGGAAUGAGCUGUUUGAGAGUACGAUCCCGGAGAUCCAACGGACGAAUCUUGCCAACACGGUGCUGCUGCUCAAGGGCCUGGGCGUGAAGAACCUGCUCGAGUUCGAUUUCAUGGAUCCGCCUCCACAGUCGAACAUCCUCAACUCGAUGUACCAGCUGUGGGUGCUCGGUGCGCUCGACAAUGUCGGGGAUCUGACUUCGGUCGGACGGAAGAUGAACGAGUUCCCGAUGGAGCCGAGCAUGGCCAAGAUGCUGAUUGCGUCGGUCGGGUAUCGCUGCUCGUCGGAGAUGCUGACGAUCGUGUCGAUGCUGUCCGUGCCGAGCGUGUUCUACCGGCCGAAGGAGAGGAUGGAGGAGGCAGAUGCUGCGAGGGAGAAGUUCAAUGUUCCCGAGAGCGACCAUCUGACGCUGCUGAAUGUGUUCAACCAGUGGAAGAGCCAUGGCUUCCGCGACGAAUGGGCGAUGCGGCAUUUCCUGCAUCCCAAGCUGCUGCGCAAGGCGCGUGAGGUGCGGGUGCAGCUGGAGGACAUCAUGAAAUUCCAGAAGAUGGAGAUCAUCUCUGCGGGGACGGACUUUGAUGUGCUGCGCAAGGCGAUCGCGGCGGGGUACUUCCACCAGGCGGCGCGCGCCAAGGGAAUCGGGGAGUUUGUGAACAUCCGGUCUGGGCUGCCGACGCAUCUGCAUCCGACCAGUGCACUUUACGGGCUUGGAUACACGCCUCCCUACGUGAUUUAUCACGAGCUGAUCCUGACGUCGAAGGAGUACAUGACUCAGGUGACCGCGAUUGAUCCAUACUGGCUGGCUGAGCUUGGAUCUGUCUUCUACUCGGUCAAGGAAAAGAACUUUGACGAACGAGGGAACCGGCGACAGGCCGAUCGCGAGUUCUCAAAGCGGGCUGAGAUCGAGACUGAGAUGGCGCGGCAGAGGGAAGAAACCGCACAGAAAGCGGCGGAUGCGGAGCUGGCUGCGCAGACGAGCAGCAACAGCAGCUCCCGAGUCAUCGUGCCUGGGACACCGCGGCAUGCGGGGAACGGCGCUGGUGGGCGAGUCGGACAGACGCCCAGGCGGAUACUGGGUCUCUGAGAGGAGAAUUGGCCUCGCAUCCAGACAACUCCACAACUCCCUGCUCAGACUGAAUGAACAGACAAGGACAUUGUGUGAGGAAUCAUGAGCCCGCUCGCCAGAAUGACCCGGACUGAAAGCGGACGACGCUCAGAG